GUUCUGCUUGCUGUCCCGCCCCUCGCGCCCGUGCGCCGCCCUGUGACGCAGGGGAGGGGCCUAUUUCCCAGCAAUCUGUGCUCCGCCUGGCGUGGGCCAUUUUUGAGCUCCCGAGGGUGGGGAACGUAGUUGUCUGGUGGCCGGCGUGUGGCUCCUGUGCGUGACCGGAGGAGGUGCGGCUUUUACCGGAGGUCUCUGGCCGCAGGGCGUAGAGUGGACUUCCCGCCUGCCCUGCACGCCUGGUUAGCUGCCGGCUUCCUUCCCCUGGAUUAGGAGGCCCUUGUUGUGGUGUAGCUGGUAGAGCACUGCCUGUGAUCAGGCACCUGGAUCGUGUUCCAGCUGCUCCGCUUCUGAUCCAGCUCCCUGCUAAUGGCCUGGGAAACCAGCCCUGCCACCUGGGACCCUGCCACCCACAUAGAGACCUGGAAGAAGCUCCUGGCUACUGGUCUCAUCCUGGCCCAAUGCUGGCCAUUGUGGCCAUCUUGGGGGUAAAUCAGCAAAUAGAAGAUCUCUCUGUGUUUCUCUCUUUCUCUCCAACUCUUUUAGAUGUCUUUUUUUUUUUUAAUAGAAUUAAUACCAAAAAAUCCAAGAUGAACAAAUGCUAGAGUUCUUAGUAAGACAUCUCCAGUAACAUACCAAACAUUAAACAAAUCUUUAGCAUACAAAAAGAUCCCCAUGAUUCUGGUUGUUAUAGAGGCACUCUGUUUGCAUUGUAACAUUCUACUAGUUUCAGUUACCAUGCUUUCAAACAAAUAAAAGUUGUUGUUUAGAUUGAUUUUCAUUAUAUUAUGCAGAAUAGAGCAAUGACAAUAUUUCUUAUAUGCUAAUAUUUGUAUAGUGAGGGAUAAUAUUAGAAUGCCUUUUGGAAGGAAAAUCUAUACCAAAAAAAUCAAGCUACAUUGCAGGAGAAUCCCAUUUUGGUCCUUGAUGAAAGAAGUUGAGGAGGCAGCAGAUUUUUAGCCAUUUUAUUCAAGAAGGAUUUCAAUGAAGAAAAUUUUAAGAUGAAUCCUAAUGAGGUAGGACAUUGUGUUAAAAUUCUACAGUCAGUUUAAAUUCUAGUUCUGCAUUGUUUAUUGGUAUGUGACCUUAGACAAAUUAUUUUUUACUUCAUUUUUAAAUUAUAAAAUAAGAGUGACAUUUUGAAGAAAAUUAAAUGAAAUUGUCUGUAUAACAUGCUUUGUAUUGUGUCAAAUAUGGCAAGUAGUCAGUUAAUUACUUUUACUGCGUCUAUAUAAAAUGCAGUCCACUAUAUAAUUUUCAUAGCUGCUUCAUGUGAUAUCAUUUGAUAGUAAUAAAAAUCCUUUGAGGUUGAUAGUUCAGAUAGUAUUAAACAAGUUUCACAAGUGAUUAAAGAAACCCAGAGAGAGGUCAAAUAACCAACACAGGAUAACCCUGACUUUAUUGGAUUGAUGAGAGCCAAAAGCCUAGGUCCUAUCCUUGUCUUAAAUAUAGCUAAUAUCUGCUUUAUCUGCUUUUCUUAAUUCCCAUUCCCACCAUGCACAUCUAGGCCAUAACCAUGUCUUGAAUAACAGCCAUAGUGUUCUAAACCAACACUGCUUUUUCCCCAUGUUGCUGUUACAGCAACCUGAAAAUACAAAUCUGCAUGCUACAGCUCUGCUUAUAGUCCCUCAGUUAUCUUCAACAUCUUAGGCUAAAAUCUAGAUGUCCUUUAUGUGCUUCCAAGGCCAAUUGCAUCCUUCCAGUGCCUGCCUCUCCAUGCUUACAACCCUUCUCUGUCUUUAUGCUCUGAUCAUUAAGAAUUGCUCAGUUCUUGGAUCACCCCACCUGCCUUUCCUCGGUGUGAAACCCUGUUUGAGAACCUCUUCCCUCCUAGCUUCACUCCAGUCCCUGUCCCUUCCCUUCAAUCCCCUCAUCACCAUUGCUGCCACUAUCCAGUGGGUGUUGAAAUAAGUAAGAUUCUUAAUCUCAAGGCACACGGUGUAGUUCAAGAGAUAAGCAGGUGACUGACCAUAAAGGAUAAUAUGUAAUAUUUAAUGCAUGAGUGGAAUGCUGUGAGCACAAAGCUGUUAACUGUUAUCUGAGCACAAAGAAGAGCUUAGAGGAGGAGGUGAGUUUUGAAUGGGAUUUUGAAAGAUACAUACAGUUGCCAAGGAUGUGGGGUAAUAAGAGUGCUUCUAGACAGACGGUAGCAGAGGGCCUGGAGUAUUCAGAGAGGUGGAGCCAUAUAAGAUAGAGGAGGAAGGUUGCAAGAGAAAAAUCCAGAAAUGUAGGUUCUCCUGAUUGUUUCAGCCUGGUUUCUAGGUUAAAAAGUCAGCACUUAAGCCGAUUAGCAAUGAGAACACGAAGUAUUAGAGAUGGAGGUAACUCAGAAGGGAAGAUGGAGAAUGAACCAGAGAAGUCCAAGGAUAGGGAAGUCAGAAAGAAGGGUGUUGAGAAGUUCACGUGGAAGGGAGUGAAAGCAGUUUUAGUACACAAAUAAGUUCUUGAUAAGGAGAGAGAACAAUUUAAAUAGCAUCUUUGUUGUAUUCUCAUUUUUGUAGCCACUCAUCAUGCAACUAAGUAAAAAGAGGAAAUACAUCAAAAUAUUGCUAUUGACUAGAUAGAAAAUUAAGAAUAAGGGGCUGGCGCUGUGGCACAAUAGGUUAAUCCUCCACCUGCAGUGCCAGCAUCCUAAAUGGGUGCCGGUUCUAGUCCCGGCUGCUCCUCUUCCAGUCCAGCUCUCUGCUGUGGCCUGGGAAAACAGUAGAAUAUGGCCCAAGUGCUUAGGCCCCUGGACUCUCAUGGGAGACCUGGAAGAAACUCCUGACUUCGGAUCAGGUUGUUGCAGUCAUUUGGAGAAUGAACCAGUGGAAGGAAGACUUUUCUGUCUCUCCCUCUUGGCACAGGUGGAAGCUUAGCCUAGACUAUGACACAGUACAGGCCCCUUGGUGGUGGUGGAAUUUUAGGUGAUUUAAAAAUUUUUUUUAUUGUCAAAAUUUUAAUAGAUUAAAUCACACGUGUGGUAAAAAAAAAAUAAGGAUGUAGGAGAGACGCCGAGUCCUCGGCUCAGUGAGCACUGCCCUGGGUGGCUGCAGUGGCAGCAGUGUAUGAAGCCGGCGUCAUCUUCCCAUCCUCUGAGGCGACAGCCCAGUGGCCCAGCUGUGAUGCAUCUGUGGCCCUGGACAUGAAGCAGUCCACUGUGUGUUGCUGUUGCCACAGGGCCAGGGACUGACGAGGGAAGCAUGGCCCUCAUGAAUGGGCAGGCAAGCAGCGUCAGCCUUGCAGCCACGGCUUCCGAGAACAGUAGAAGCUCUGAAUCAUUAAGUGACAAAGGUUCCGAAUUGAAGAAAAGCUUUGAUGCUAUGGUACUUGAUGUUCUUAAGGUUACACCAGAAGAGUAUGUGGGUCAGAUAACACUAAUGGAUGUUCCAGUAUUUAAAGCUAUUCAACCAGAUGAGCUUUCAAGUUGUGGAUGGAAUAAAAAAGAAAAAUACAGUUCUGUGCCAAAUGCUGUUGCUUUCACAAGAAGAUUUAAUCAUGUGAACUUUUGGGUUGUUAGAGAGAUUCUUCAUGCUCAGACAUUAAAAAUUAGAGCAGAAGUUUUGAGUCACUAUAUGAAAACUGCUAAGAAACUGUAUGAGCUGAAUAACCUUCAUGCACUUAUGGCAAUGGUUUCUGGCUUACAGAGCGCCCCAAUUUUCAGGUUGACUAAGACAUGGGCAUUACUAAGUAAAAAAGACAAAACUACCUUUGAAAAAUUAGAGUAUGUGGUGAGUAAAGAGGAUAACUGCAAAAGACUCUGAGACUAUGUAAGUAGCUUAAAGAUGACACCCUAUUUAGGCAUCUAUCUGUCAGAUUUAACAUACAUUGAUUCAGCGUACCCAUCAACUGGCAGCAUUCUAGAAAUCGAGCAAAGAUCAAAUUUAAUGAAUAACAUUCUUAGGAUAAUUUCUGAUUUACAGCAGUCCUGUGAAUAUGAUAUUCCCUUGUUGCCUCAUGUUAAAAAACAUCUGAACUCUGUUCAGUAUAUAAAACUGCAAAAGUUUGUGGAAGAUAAUAAUUACAAGCUUUCAUUAAAGAUAGAACCAGGGACAAGCACACCACGUUCUGCUGCCUCCAGGGAAGAUUUAGUAGGUCCUGAAGUGGGGGCAUCACCACAGAGUGGGAGGAAGAGUGUGGCCACUGAAGGAGCCUUGCCACCACAGACACCCCCAUCCCCAUGGAAUCUGAUUCCAUGUGGACAUAGGAAGUGCCAUAGCUUGGAUUAUAAUUUCAUUCAUAAAAUGAACACAGCAGAGUUUAAGAGUGCAACAUUCCCAAAUGCAGGGCCAAGACAUCUGUUAGAUGAUAGCAUCAUGAAAUCCCAUGCACCAUCUCAAGGCCAAGUUGAAAGUUCUACUCUUUCUAGUGGAAUAUCAAAAGGUAGCAAUGAUGGUUCUGAACUAAGUGAAGAGACCUCAUGGCUUGCUUUUGAAAGUUCUGCAGAAUCAGAAGAUUUGGCAGUGCAUGUAUAUCCAGGCGCAGUUACUAUUCAAGGUGUUCUCAGGAGAAAAACUUUGUUAAGAGAAAGCAAAAAACCUACUGUAGCAGCUUGGACAAAAUACUGGGCAGCUUUGUGUGGGACACAACUCUUUUACUAUGCUGCCAAAUCUCUAAAGGCUACAGAAAGAAAACAUUUCAAGUCAACGUCAAAUAAGAAUGUGUCUGUGGUCGGCUGGAUGGUGAUGAAGGCUGACGACCCGCAGCACCUGGACCUCUUCUUGCUCACGGACUCCAAGAAAGCAAAUUCAUACAAGUUUCAAGCUGGCAAUAGGAUGAAUGUGAUGCUGUGGUUUAGGCAUCUGAGUGCAGCCUGCCAAAGUAACAACAGGUUCCUACAAACUUGAUGACUUUUGAGUAGAAGCCUGAGAAAGAAGAGAGGUGCCUUGGGCUCCUCUGUGAGAGCCGGGACCUGAUGAGUGAGCGCCAGCUGUGUACCAUCCUGUGGCAGGGAGAGCUCCGGGCUCAACCCAGCCUGUGAAGUUCUGAACCAAAAAAGCACUAAAUUCAGGGAAUGAAGUGAGAUAUUCCCAGAGAACAAACUGGAGUUACAGAAUAAACUGCCAUGAACCAUGCUUCUUAUCUCUGAACUGACCUAUGGAAACCACUGCCUUAAAAGAAUGAAAGGAGGGGCUGGCGCUGUGGUAUAGCAGGUUAAGGCCCUGGCCUGAAGGGCCAGCAUCCUGUAUGUGUGCCAGUUCAAGUCCUGGCUGCUCCUGUUCUGAUCCAGCUCUCUGCUGUGGUCUGGGAUAGCAGUAGAAGAUGGUCCUUGGGCCACUGCACCUGCAUGGGAGACCAGGAAGAAGCUCCUGGCUCCUGGCUUCGGAUUGGCACAGCUCCGGCUAUUGUAGCCAACUGAGGAGUGAACCAGUGGAUGAAAGACCUUUCUCUCUGUCUUUACCUCUCUCUGUAACUCUGUCUUUCAAAUAAAUAAAAUAAAUCUUAAGGAAAACCAACAUGAAACACCAAAUAGUGCAAAUAGUGUAUGUGAAUCUUCUGGCAGUGCUGUGCUUGGAGUAGAUCAUAGUGAAUUUGCAUUUCUUUUAACUUUGUACUAAUUUUGGAGGGGGCGAAUCACCUUUUUUUAGAUACACUUAAAACAGAAACCUAUUUCUUAUGGAUCACAUCAGGAGCUGGUUCUGAACUGUGGUGAAAAGAAUUCAGUAGGGGUGACACCAGCAGCCCGCCUCCAGCAAUCGGCAGCCUUACUUGUUCUCUCACAAGAGAACGUAGGAGUUAGACAUGUUCAUAA